AUGUCUGGACGUGGAAAGAAGCAAGCAGUGGCUGGCACCUCAGGAAGUGCAUUAAAGAGCAGCAAAGCAGCCAGAGCAGGUCUGCAGUUCCCUGUGGGUCGUAUCUAUAGAUUCCUCCGAAGAGGGAAGUAUGCUGAUAGGAUUGGUUCUGGUGCUGCUAUCUACCUGGCUGCGGUGUUGGAGUACUUGGUAGCAGAGAUCCUGGAGCUGGCAGGGAAUGCUGCACGUGAAAACAGGAAGACAAGGAUCCUGCCCAGGCACAUUCAGCUGGCUGUGAGAAAUGAUGAUGAGCUGAACAAGCUCCUUGCCGGUGUGACUAUUCCGCAAGGCGGGGUUCUGCCAAAUAUCCUUGCUCAGCUCCUUCCAAAGAAAACUCUUCAGAAGAAAACUGGUGGAAAUGUUUCAUCUUCUCAAGAAUAUGGUGGUAGCCAGUAAGACUUGCUUUUCCUGGUCUGGUCUGUGCACUUAUGGAUGAUGUGACUCAGUACCACUAAUUUGUUAUGUGUUUACUUAUUUGUCAAGUGUUUUGUCUGCUAAUUUUAAG